UAGGCACUGGGCUGGAAUGGGGCUGCCUGGCUCCCCAUGGCAGUGGGUGCUGCUGCUGUUGGGGCUACUGCUCCCUCCCGUCGCCCCCUUCUGGCUCCUCAAUGUGCUGUUCCCCCCGCACACCACGCCCAAGGCUGAACUCAGUAACCACACACGGCCUGUCAUCCUCGUGCCUGGCUGCCUGGGGAAUCGGCUAGAAGCCAAGCUGGAUAAACCAGACGUGGUGAACUGGCUGUGCUACCGCAAGACAGAGGACUUCUUCACCAUCUGGCUGGAUCUCAACAUGUUUCUGCCCCUUGGGGUGGACUGCUGGAUUGAUAAUACCAGGGUUGUCUACAACCGAAGCUCUGGGCGCGUGUCCAAUGCCCCUGGUGUUGAGAUCCGCGUCCCUGGCUUUGGCAAGACCUACUCUGUUGAGUACUUAGAUGACAACAAGCUGGCAGGUUACAUGCAAACACUAGUACAGAAUCUGGUUAACAACGGGUAUGUUCGGGAUGAGACAGUGCGGGCCGCACCCUAUGACUGGCGUCUGGAACCCAGCCAGCAGGAUGACUACUACCAGAAGCUGGCGGGACUGGUGGAGGAGAUGUAUGCUGUUUAUGGGAAGCCCGUGUUUCUUAUUGGGCACAGCCUUGGCUGCUUGCAUGUGCUCUAUUUCUUACUGCGUCAGCCUCAGUCCUGGAAGGACCGCUUCAUCGAUGGCUUUAUCUCUCUUGGGGCUCCAUGGGGCGGCUCUAUCAAGCCCAUGCUGGUCCUGGCCUCAGGUAACAACCAGGGCAUCCCGAUCAUGUCCAGCAUCAAACUGAGAGAGGAACAACGCAUCACCACGACCUCCCCCUGGAUGUUCCCAGCCCACAAUGUGUGGCCUGAAGACCAUGUGUUCAUUUCCACGCCAGACUUCAACUACACGGGCCAAGACUUCGAGCGUUUUUUUUCAGAUCUGCAUUUUGAGGAGGGCUGGUACAUGUGGCUUCAGUCUCGUGACCUCCUGGCAGGCCUUCCAGCACCUGGUGUAGAGGUAUAUUGUCUGUACGGCGUCGGUCUGCCCACACCCCACACCUACAUCUAUGACCACAACUUCCCCUACAAAGACCCGGUGGCUGCACUCUACGAAGAUGGCGAUGACACUGUAGCCACGCGCAGCACCGAGCUCUGUGGCCGGUGGCAGGGCCGCCAGUCACAGCCUGUUCACUUGCUGCCCAUGAAUGGGACGGAACAUCUCAACAUGGUCUUCAGUAAUAAGACACUGGAACAUAUCAAUGCCAUCCUGCUGGGUGCCUACCGUCACGGCACUCCCCCAGCUCCCAGCCCGGGGCCCCCACCCCCUGAAUAAAGACCUUUGCUGUUCUGA